AUGGCAUCGGAACAACGCCUGGCAAAGUCGCGGAUCGGACGUGCGUUCGCCAACAAUAUAGAAGUGCUACGACAGCGGGGUGAAGAAACUCGUCAGAAAUACAGGGACAAGCCCUUAAACGACUUUCGUGCAGUCAGUCGAAAACUCGAGUUGGAACGGGAACGUUUAUGGAAUGCCUUGACAAUAUACUUCCAGGAUGUGCAAGGGAUUGAUCCCGAGAGUAUCUGGAUUAGCCUCUGCGAGGGCGACGACAUCUCCGACUAUGUACGCGAAUUCUUCUCCAUGUUCAUCGAGAGUUCUGUUUGCGAACGACCCUGUGUUGGACCUGAGGAAUAUAGGAAGGUAUGGACUAUUAACUCAACCCUUUCGAUCGAUGAGUAUUGGAAAUUGCUUCUUGCGAAAGCCGAACGUACCGUCCUUCACCGGAAGAGAAUGGAAGACCCAGAACACAUGGAGAAGUGGACUUUAACCACCAAAAUUGGCAAACGGUAUGGACUUUGGAUCGAAGAAGGGGCGCCUAUAGAACACAACCUCAGCCGCAAACAAACCUUCGAAAAGAAGGAAAUGACACCGGAAGAUAUCAUGAUAUUACUCAGGACACUCUGGAGGCAAGCAAGGCACAUUAAUGCCACUGGAUGGACACGCCUAGCCUUUCACGGUGCCGUUCUCAUUUCUGGGAUCGGAGGGUUCCGUCCUGGGGAGGUGGUGAACCUCACUUAUAGGCAAGUCGCUUUCGAGCUUGUGCGAGAUCCUCUAGACAGCUCUAGGAGGAGGCUUGUCGCAUCAAUUACUAUUGUGCACAGUAAGCAGAUGGAGAGCAGAAUCCAGCGGAGUCAGCAUAAAGUCCUGUUAGUAGCUAGAGCAAUUGCCGACCGGGCCUUUGACGAAGACUUCCAAUCUCUCGAUGACAUACUCCACCGACCUAACAUGGGGAAUUUGGAUUCUUUGCCUUUGAGUUGGACCCCCGGUAUACUGGACAAGCCAAUUCUCCCUAUCUGCUACCAGACGUACUGGCGUAUGUGGCGUCGGACACUUCAGGUUUCCGGCUUGCGCGAUGAAAAACAACGGCCCUACUCGCUUCGCGUCGGCGCUGGAAGCCGAAUAUCCGGUAGUCUUAGUGAGCCAGCACGCCAUGUCGCUCAAGACUUAGUUCAUAUUGCUUUUCGCCAGAAUUCACCGGAACACAACAAUGCCCUUUUUGAUUCUCUACGACGCUCCUUCCUACAACGAGACCCCAAUGCUCCACUUUAUGCUGAUGAAAUCGACGUCGAUGCAUUUGAAAAGCGGCAGGACAUUACCAACCUUCGUGCCCAGUACAAGGAGGCCGUCGCAAAAGAUUCGUCAGCACACCCGAAAGCGAAAAGGAUAGCAGCUCAGAUACACUACAUCCGCCAUUCCCUAGCUGAGGAGUUACUUCAGAAGAAGAGAGCAGAAUGGUUCGACAAUUCAGACAAACACCGGGCAGCUGGGAAAGCAGUUACUAAGGAAUCCGAUCAUGAUUUGAUUCCGUUCAAGAAUUUCGAUCCAGCCGGUGUAUUGGCUGCUGAAGCAGUCGGCCAAUUUAUGGAAUUGGAGGAGAGCGAGUAUGAGCAGGGUGCUGUGAAGCUGGUGAAUGUUUAUCUAGCAUAUCUCCGACGACACCUUACCGAGGUUGUUUUGUUAGUUGAAGGCGGAGUAGGUGACAAAGCUGACACGCAAAAUGACGACGCUUGCGAGAAGACUGCGAUCGACUUAGAAAAAGCACAUUUAUGUUUAUUUGGUUGCCGUGGGUUCGCUGACCGCAAGAAUCUUACUAGGCACAACAGAACCGUGCAUUUCGAGAAAGGCGAUUUCGACCGACCUUUUCCUUGUCCAGAAUGCUGCCGUUUAGGUAUUAAGUGCAUUAUCGAAGGGCCAAUGCAUUGGAGCAACCACGUUGAAACCGUCCACGGCCGUGCCCAUGCACCUGACCUCCCUAGUAGCCUAGAAUCUAGGCGGAAUCAGUCGUGGAGAGAGGAUGGUCAGUGGGAACGUUGUCUUAUAUGUGGUGAUCUCUUCAGCAAUGCCGGCGGCUUCUCAAGGCAUUUCAGGGUAAUGCACUUACAGAAGCAGAAAUUGUUCGAAGCACCGUUUUCCUGUCCCGAAUGUGCGCGCGAACAAGUUAAGCCUAUUUGCGUCGCGAACGAAACGGAAUGGCUAACCCAUCUGGUAGAUGCUCACCAAGGCGGUGGUCGAUUUGGCCCGCUACAUUCUCUACGCGAGCCCAAACGACUAAAGCGUUCUCGGUCCGCCAUCCAAGGCAACGACAGUGAUUAUUGUGAUAGUAAGAGGCGAAAGAAAUAG